UGAAUUAUCUACUACUUCGAACAUCGACCCCUCCCCCCGGGAUAUCGGUGCAAAUAUAAUUGUAAUUGUAAGUAAAUCAGUUCAUAUGAAACUGGGAACUGCAAGUAGCUGGAACGCUUAAAAGUACCUGAUACGGAGGUGGAACUAAGAACGGUUUGAGUUGAUAAGUUAUUUUACCGUUCCAUUCCUACUUAUCAGCUGGUGACUACUGGAUUUUUCACCGGCAGAUAUAGAAAAAGUGAUUGCAAAAGAUUGAUUAAGAAAAUUAAUCAUAAACGAAAAUGUGUUUCCAAUUAAAAUUAAGAAGAAAUAAAAAUGAUGAAAAUAAUGGCAGCAUUGACAAAUCCAUUUAAUUUCAAAUGACCUCCUUGCUCAAGCCAGCUGUGUGAUUACAUCACAUCGAACCAUUUAUUCAGUACAAUCCUUAUAGUUCAUUAGCCUCUAGUGUUUUUGGUCAAUAGAGUUAUAGUGUAAAUCGACUUAUUGUUAUAUUUUUUAUCUUGGCUUGAUUCAGUGCUUGAAAUAUUUCAAUUUAAUUAAUAAAAAUGCCUACGAACCCUCAAUCGCAGACCAGCUGGGCUAACCAAGGUAUGAUGUAUCAGGCCAACAAAACGGCGGAGUCGACGUUGGAUCCUCUCGAAAAGCUGCGUCUUCUCUGCUUGUCCAGAGGAUCUGAAGGUCUCCUGGAGUUUGGUAGAGUAAUCAGAAGAAAAGAAAGUGACGAUUUGACUUUAGAAGAAUUCAAAGAAGUAAUCCGAGAUGCUGAUUACCAACUCACUGGAGAUCAGAUCGAGUCACUGUUUGAGGCUUUUGACACGGAAGGUUCAGGAACUAUUAGCGCAACUGAAUUCAUUAAUGCCAUCAGACCCGAAAUGUCAGAUACGAGGAAGAAAUCAGUGAAUGAUGCAUUCGACAAGUGCGACAAGGCAAAAGCCGGUGUGAUCACGUUGGAGGAGCUGCGAGAUCUCUGCAGCGUUCGGGCACAUCCCAAGUACAGGAGCGGGGAGAUGACGGAAAACGAAAUCCUGAGGAAGUUCAUGGCCACCUUCGAGAGAGGAAGCGUCGACGGGAACAUAACAAGAGAAGAAUUCUUCAACUACUACGCUGGGGUCAGCGCUUCCAUCGACACUGACACCUGCUUUGAUCUUAUGUUACGACAGGCAUUCCAUUUAUAAACACCUAUCAUUCAAAGGUUAUCUCUAUGUCCAAGUUACCCUUGCAGCUUUAACUAAUACUUUUAAAAAUUAAUUAGUAUUCUGUUCAACUGAUCAGAGCCAAUUUAUUUUUUAUUCGAUUCAAUAUUUAUAUUAUUCAUUUACGUAGUAAUUAAAUUAUCUAAAUACAUUCCACUAUAAUUAACUAAUAGCCCCAUUCCAUCCAUGACAUAAAAGUUGCUUAUAGUGGUAUUAUUUAUAUUUAAAAAUAUAAGCCGGUUCCAAAAUUUUAACUCAGCUAUCAGGCGCAUGCGCAUUACUGUUAUUUCCGUUCCAAAACCUGUAAUCGGCAUGCGCCUGACAGUUUUUUGGUAGUCAAAACUCAUUUGAAACAGGUCUAAUUCAUUGCAAAGAAUGUCUAUAAUUUUUUUAAAUCUUAUGUAACUGAAUUGUGUUAAAUUUUUUAGUCUAAUCCACCCAUCAAUGGAGAUAUAUUAGUAAAUAAAGAUUCAAUAUUUGAAGUAAUUAAUUACAUUUUUCCUUUUUAUCUUCAUUAAAACAUUUUUAAAUAUUUAUUUUAAUUAUAAUAUAUAUUUAUAUUUGUAACAUCCUGUUCAUCAUUACUACAGAUUUAAUUCAGUUAGUACUACAGUACUAAGUACUACUAUCAUGGAAAAUUGUUAAUAAUUUUUUUUUGUAAAUUUACC